AUGGGACUUUUCAAACUUUUUAUAUUAUUACAAUCAGCACAUCUUUUGAUCUCAAUACCAUACCAACGUUUUACUAAAAUCGAAUGUCAGUCAUCUCAAAUAUCAGUCAGUAAAUUCCGCUGCUUUUUAAAAAGCUAUAAAAGGAACAAUCCUUUGUUGAAUGUUGAAUACACAUUAACAAGAAAAGUAGACAAGUCAAAGGUUGAUCUAAGAGUGCAACGGUAUUCUUCUUCUGAGGAUAAUUACAACAAAAUAAUGGGCUUUGAAAAUGUUGAACUCUGCAAGUUACUGAAAGGAUCAACCAAUAUAUCGUUUUUAAAAGAAUAUAUUGAAAAUUUAAAAAGAUUCAAUGGCAAUGUUGUCAGCAGUUGUGAUAGAAUUGGGGAUUUCCACAUAUCAAAUGUGUCUUAUUCAGGAAUGAACUAUUUAAGGCUUUUUCCUGCAGGAAAAUAUAAAAACAAUUUACAUUUUCAUGACUCGGAUGAUAGCAACAUAUUUAAUUUAACAUAUGUCAGCAUCAUUUUUCAUAAGUAA